CAUGGGUUUGGCUUUACGCCGCCAAUGUUGGGACUCGUCGGUCAAAUCUAUUCCACCGCGCCCGCGAAUCCGCAGUCUUCCCAGAAUUAGACUCGAAUACGCUGGUUCUGACAAACCCACCUUAGGAUGGGAAUGAUGAGAGCCCGCUGCCAAGCGCCGUUCGGCUUGGGCGAGCACAAGAUUAUCCGACAAUCCACUUUCGACUUUUCACAUUCGCAAUGGCAAUCCCCACUCGCACUCUCGGCCACAAUGGCCCGACGGUCCCUGCCCUUGGCUUUGGUGCCCUGACCCUGGGCGUCGCUGCUUAUGGGUCGUCAGGCUCUCAGGAGGGCGGAGGCACCACAGAAGAGAAGCUGAAGCUGCUCGACCGCGCCUACGAGAUCGGCCAGCGAUUCUGGGACACGGCAGACGUCUACGUCGACAGCGAGGACCUGAUCGGCCAGUGGUUCAAGAAGACGGGCAAGAGGGCCGACAUCUUCCUCGCCUCCAAGUUCGGCCUCGACUACACCGACAAUAUCCAGACGGUGAACACCGAUCCCGAGUACGUUCGCUUUGCCUGCGAGCGGAGUCUCAAGAAACUAGGUAUCGACACCAUCGACCUGUACUAUAGCCACCGCGUCAGUGACAAGACGCCCAUUGAAAAGACAAUCGAGGCCAUGGUUGAGCUGAAGAAGGAGGGCAAGAUCCGCUACCUGGGCCUGUCUGAGGUCUCGGCGGCCACCAUCCGGCGCGCGCACGCUGUGCACCCCAUCGCCGCCGUGCAGAUGGAAUACAGCCCCUUCUGCCUCGAGAUCGAGUCGCCACAGAUCGGCGUGCUGCAGACGUGCCGCGAGCUCGGCAUCGCUGUCGUGGCCUACAGCCCCAUGGGUCGCGGCCUGCUGACGGGCCAGAUCCGGUCGUGGGACGACCUACCGGCCGACGACUUCUUCCGCCGCAACACGCCUAAGUACUCGGCCGAAAACUUUCCCAAGAUCCUGCGCCUUGUCGAAGCCUUCGAGGCCGUUGCCGCCGCUCACGCCUGCACGGCCGCCCAGGCCUGCCUCGCCUGGCUGAUCGCCCAAGGCGACGACGUCAUCCCAAUCCCCGGCACCAAGACCGUCAAGUACCUCGAACAGAACACGGCCGCAGCCAGUAUCAAGCUCACCCCCGAGGAGAUCAAAGAGAUCCGGCGUGUCGCUGAGGCCACGAAUCUGCCCGGCGAACGGGGCCCUAUUUCUUUCAUGGCCCCCGCCUUCGGCGAUACCCCGGAGCUGUGAGAUUAAGUAUUGGGUUCGAAGCUGGGAGAAGGCAGGCGUUGCGCGGCUCGGUCAAUCUGGUCUAACUUAUCGAGACUCUACGAUCGGAACCUUCUCAUGAAGCUGGGCUGUGGAAGAUGGCUAUCCCAUUGCCUGACUAGGUGCCUGGUACCUGCUUAGUACGAGUUUCUGGAUAAAUAUUGACAUGCAGAUAAUUAACAGUUAAUGUCGAAUUUCCAACUCA